GUGACAGAGGCAGGAUUCGAACUCAGGCAGUUCGGUUCCAGAGCCCGUGUAGUGGAGCACCCACUAUGAUACAGUAGGCACCAGGGUUUCAAAAUGAACAAGAUUCACUCAUUUCCUCCUCUCUCCAGUACUGACUGCCUCGAUGUUUCUUGCUUCCUAUCAUGCUUCUAUAUAAGGAAAUGGAGAGAUCAUCAGUUUGGGAGCCAGGCUGACUUGGAUUGAAGUCCCAGACCAGACCCUUGCUAGCUAUGUGACCUUGGACAAGGUCAUAUAAGCCUCUAAGCCUCAAUAUCUACCUUAUCUCUAAGCCUCUACAUCUAUAAAAAUUAGGGGACUGGGGGGGAUAUCAACAACUAUGUCAUGAUGUUGUGAGGAUUAAUUAUCACAUCAUCAAACACUCAGCACAUAGUAUGUGUUCAAUGGAUGAGCUUCCUUCUUCCAGACCCCUGUGCCAUCAACUGCCUCGGCCUAGUUUUACCCCUAUCUGCUCCACCUUCUAGAUCAGUCACCCCCACCACCCCCAAGUCUCCCCCACCCCGGGGCGUGUCACUUCCUCCUCUGCAGCCUCCCAGAUCAGUACACAAAGGCUGCUGCUGCCUCCAGAGGAAGGGCUGCUCUGCACGCACCUCAUUAUGAACAACUAGAAACAAUUUAAAUCCCGUUGUAAGAGACUAACGACACUACAACCUAUCCACGCAAUGGAAGUCUAUACGGCUGUAAAAAUGAACAAGGAAGUUCUAUAUUUUCUUGAGGAGCAGGAGCUCCAAGAAAAGUAGUCAAAAGAAAAAAAAUGCAGAAACUAAGGCCCAGAGAGAAUGCCAGACUUGCUUCACAGCCAACCACGAUGCCUUUGUCAACGGUCCUUGUUUUCCUGCUGGCUCUGAGCGGAGGCGAGAGUGAGUUGGACACCAAGAUCUCAUCUCCAGGGGAGGCCACAGAAUGGGGAGAUCCUGAUCCAUCCCUGCCAGAGUCCUGCCAGCCAGCUCCCUCCUGCCAGAAGUGCAUCCUCUCACAUCCAAGCUGUGCGUGGUGCAAGCAACUGAACUUCACGGCAUCGGGGGAGGCAGAGGCGCGGCGCUGCGCCCGGCGGGAGGAGCUGCUGGCGCGGGGCUGCCCCCCCGGGGAGCUAGAGGAGCCCCGCGGCCGGCAGGAGGUGCUGCAGGACGAGCCGCUCAGCCAGGGCGCCCGCGGCGACGGGGCCACCCAGCUGGCGCCGCAGCGGGUCCGGGUCACGCUCCGGCCCGGGGAGCCCCAGCAGCUCCGGGUCCGCUUCCUCCGUGCCGAAGGAUACCCUGUAGACCUGUACUACCUUAUGGACCUGAGCUACUCCAUGAAGGACGACCUGGAGCGCGUGCGCCAGCUCGGGCACGCCUUGCUGGAGAAGCUGCAGAAGGUCACCCGUUCUGUGCGCAUCGGCUUUGGCUCCUUUGUGGACAAAACGGUGCUGCCCUUCGUGAGCACAGUGCCCUCCAAACUUCGCCACCCCUGCCCUAGCCGGCUGGAGCGCUGCCAGCCGCCCUUCAGCUUCCACCAUGUGCUGUCCCUGACGGGGGAUGCUGAAGCCUUCCAGCGGGAGGUGGGACGCCAGAGCGUGUCUGGCAACCUGGACUCGCCUGAAGGCGGCUUUGAUGCCAUUCUGCAGGCUGCGCUCUGCCAGGAGCAGAUUGGAUGGAGAAAUGUGACCCGGCUGCUGGUGUUCACUUCAGAUGACACAUUCCACACAGCUGGGGAUGGGAAAUUGGGUGGCAUUUUCAUGCCCAGCGAUGGGCACUGCCACUUGGACAGCAAUGGCCUCUACAGUCGCAGCCCAGAGUUUGACUACCCCUCGGUGGGUCAGGUAGCCCAGGCCCUCUCUGCUGCAAACAUCCAGCCCAUCUUUGCUGUCACCAGCACCACACUGCCCGUCUACCAGGAGCUGAGUAAGCUGAUUCCUAAGUCUGCAGUGGGGGAGCUGAGUGAGGACUCCAGCAACGUGGUGCAGCUCAUCAUGGACGCUUAUAAUAGCCUGUCGUCCACCGUGACCCUCGAACACUCUCCACUCCCUCCUGGGGUCCACAUUUCUUAUGAUUCUCAGUGUGGGGGUCCUGAGAAGAGGGAGGGUGAGGCUGGAAACCGGGGCCAAUGCAACCACGUCCGAAUCAACCAGACGGUGAAUUUUUUGGUUACUCUUCAAGCUACCCACUGCCUCACAGAGCCCCAUCUUCUGAGGUUCCGAGCCCUUGGCUUUUCAGAGGAGCUGGUUGUGGAGUUGCAUACACUGUGUGAUUGUAACUGCAGUGACACCCAGCUCCAGGCUCCCCACUGCAGUGACGGCCAGGGGCACCUACAGUGUGGGGUGUGCAGCUGUGUCCCUGGCCGCCUGGGUCGGUUCUGUGAGUGCUCUGAGGCUGAGCUAUCCUCCCCAGACCUGGAAUCUGGGUGCCGGGCCCCCAAUGGGACAGGGCCCCUGUGCAGUGGGAAGGGACGGUGCCAGUGUGGACGCUGCAGCUGUAGUGGACGGAGCUCUGGGCGUUUUUGCGAGUGUGAUGAUGCCAACUGUGAGCGACACGAAGGCGUCCUCUGUGGAGGCUUUGGCCGCUGCCAAUGUGGAGUGUGUCACUGUCACACCAACCGCACGGGCAGAGCGUGCGAGUGCAGUGCGGACACGGACAGCUGUGUCAGUCCUGAGGGAGGGCUCUGCAGUGGGCACGGACACUGCAAAUGCAACCGCUGCCAGUGCUUGGACGGCUACUACGGUGCCCUAUGUGAUCAGUGCCCAGGCUGCAAGACACCAUGCGAGAGACACAGGGACUGUGCAGAGUGUGGGGCCUUUGGGACUGGUCCUCUGGCCACCAAUUGCAGCGUGGCUUGUGCCCAUGCCAACGUGACUCUGGCUUUGGCCCCUAUGCUGGAUGAUGGUUGGUGCAAAGAGAGGACCGUAGACAAUCAGCUGUUCUUCUUCCUGGUGGAGGAUGAAGUCGGAGGCAGGGUCGUGCUGCGAGUGAGACCCCAAGAGAAGGGAGCAGACCACACCCAGGCCAUUGUGCUGGGCUGCAUAGGGGGCAUCGUGGCAGUGGGACUGGGGCUGGUCCUGGCUUAUCGGCUGUCGGUGGAAAUCUAUGACCGCCGAGAAUACCGUCGCUUCGAGAAAGAGCGGCAGCAACUCAACUGGAAGCAGGACAGCAAUCCUCUCUACAAAAGCGCCAUCACAACCACCGUCAACCCCCGCUUUCAAGAGGCCGACAGUCCCCCUCUCUGAAGCGGGAGGGACCCUCACCCCAGGGCUCUGCUCGCCGGGAGGAUAGUGGGAACUGGAGGGGCGGGGUCUAACGGGCAGCAGCCUGGGAGGGGACUAAUCCAGAGCAGAGUGGCCACCACCUCACUUCAUUCUCAGGGACACCCCCGAGGGCCGCCUACUGCUGCAACCUUGCUUCCCUACCUCACGGGAGUGGGGGUCACCCCACCCACGUAUACAAUAAAGUCUUACCUCAGA